AAUCAUUUGGAAUACAUAGACUAAAGAUAUAGAUAGUUCAGGAUGGACACGACAACUGCAACAAACACAAUUCAAAUGGCUAAAGGACCUCUCAUAAACAAUACAAACACAGAGCAGAUGGAGGGAGGACCCCCCAUAAACUACACAAAAACAGAGGCUGUCAUAAUUGGUUUAAUUCUGGCAAUUAUUGCAAUAAUGACCAUAUUUGGAAAUAUUCUCGUUAUUGGGGCGACAAUUAUAUCACAAGGCUUGAAAACCAAAACGAGGUAUUUUAUUGUAUCACUCGCAACAGCCGAUAUUCUAGUCGCAGUUCUUGUGAUGCCAUUUGGAAUCUACCAGCAAGUGAACAAUUUAUUCUGGGAUUUCGGAGAUUCAGUUUGUAAACUGUCAACUUGUUUUGAUAUCAUGUUUUCAUCUGCCUCAAUUUAUAAUCUACUUUGUAUCGCUAUAGAUCGUUACAUGGCGAUAUGUAUGCCGUUUCACUACCAUAAUCUCACCAAGAAAAUAAUUCUUGGUUUGCUCAUUGGCUGCUGGACGAUGCCAAUUCCAUAUUCAUUUUUAGCGAUUUUUAUGGAGUGGAACUUGAUUGGAAUUGAGGAGAUUUAUUCAAUGAUGACAUCACAGGGAAAUACUUGUAUCUUCCUGGAGAAUAUCCCUUAUGCCCUCAUAGCAUCUACCAUAUCAUUUUUUCUACCGAUGAUCGCAUUGAUUGGAAUAUACACAAAAAUAUUCUAUAUCGCGAUCAAACAAUCCAAUCAGAUUGCUGCAUUGAAUGCACAGGUUAAUCCAAAGGAACAAAAAAAUAUGAAACACGAAAAAAGAGCUGCGAAAUCAUUGGCGAUAAUAGUGGGUGUUUUUCUGAUUUGCUGGCUGCCAUUUUUCACGUUCAACAUUCUUGACCCUCUCAUUGGAUACAAGAUACCAUUUGUACCGUGGAUGGUUGUUCU